AUUUCGACCAAGAAAAACACAGACCAUCUCAUACCAAAGAAGCUACCACAGUGUUACCAGCAGAAUGAUGAAAAUCUCCCUUUUCAGAUUUCAUGCCAUUCUAAUUUCCUGCAUUCUAUUCGGGAAUGUGGGAGGACAAGGAGAGGCUGCUCAGGAUUCAGUCCCUGACGACUUUCUCCAAAAUCACAUACCCAUUUACGUUGCAAUCGUAAUUGGUAUGUUUGUGCUGCAAUCGGUCGUUCUAUUUCUAAUGGGUCAACCGUUUGUACCGACAACCGGUCUCGUCUGCUGGUAUGGUGACGUUAAUGGCCCUGGAAAUUCACAACACCUAACGGACUGGUACAGUUUCACGCAUAUUUUGCACGGAUUCAUUUUCUAUUUCGUUGCUUACGGUGUACGGAUUCUACUUCCCGUUUUCACUGUCAAUUACGGAUAUUUGGUCGCUUUGAGUACGGCCGUUACUUGGGAAAUAGUCGAGAAUACUCCUUGCGUAAUCAAUAGAUACAGACAGACGGCAGUGGCUGCAGGAUACAAUGGUGAUUCGGUGAUUAAUUCCAUAUGCGAUUCCAUUUGUUGUACGUUGGGAUAUUGGAUAAGUUACGUUACACCAUGGUGGGUCAUUUUAACGCUGGCCAUCGUCGAAGAAAUUCUAUUGGCCAUCAUUAUCAGGGACAAUUUAAUGAUUAAUAUCAUCCAAAUAAUCUUCUCAAUCAAAAGUAUUUCGGAAUGGCAGGCACGAGGCAACAAGACUCAAGUUGUGAGUACGAGCGACACUGAUAAGGAUGUGAGAUAAGCUGGAUACGUGUGUAGUAGGAGAAAUUUUCGUGUGUAGUAGGAUACGUGUGUAGUAGGAGGCAGUUGCUUUUAAGACUCGGAACAGGUCAAGUCAGGUCAAGAAAAAAAUUACCUGCGGGUUUCAGGUCAGGUUCAGGUAAUUUUUAAACUUGACCUGACCUGAUAUGAAAAUGACCUGAUAUGACCUGACGUGACCUGAGUUUGAUAAAGUUAUUUUCGUGAAUCCCAAUCUUUUUAACCUGACUAAUUGACACCAGGAAUGAUGAUUGCUGGUUGCAAAAAUUGAACAAACAACCGUUGACAGCAAAGCUGUUGAACCAUAGACUUCCUUCAAAAGUCAUCAAAAGCGUUCUUAUUCAACAAACAGAACUGAAAUCAUGGGCGCGCGUUAGCAUAGCGCCCGUGACGCAAGUCCUAUUACUAGAAAAAAUUUGUCGUUCUAUCUUCCCUUGCCCUGAAUGUCAUAGUAGAAACACUUUCUUAUUUUUGAAUAGAAUAGAAAGGGUGAUACGCUAGAAUUUCAAUCAUAUUUCUAGCAUUCCAAUUCUCUGUCAUUUCGUUUACGUUGACGUAUUUCCAUUUCCAUCUAUCUCUUUACACAUUUUCCACAGGUCACAAUACCAAGUCUGUACAUCCAAAUACUGUAGACAACAUGCAUGUGAUUGUAGUAAGUCUCAUGGAAAGAUACUUUUCAUUAUUUACCUGUGAUUUUUAGAAUCAUUCAUAGGGGCUAUAGAGGAUCUAUGCAAUUCUCAGUUUUCGUCGCGAAACAAAAUCAAAAG